AUGCCACACCGGAAUCGCAGCCGUGCCACUUCAAAGCGGGCGCGGAGGGCACGUGCGGCGCUGCCGCCCCGGCUGCGGUCUGUGGUUACGGCGCGGGAAGGAGGGCAGGACGGGUGCGGGGCCGGCGCGGGCGUCACGGGCAUCCCCUCUCCUCCCCUGCAGUGCUGGGAGCCCGGCGAGGCCCUGCGGUGCUCUGAGAAGCAGUACGAGCACAGGGACAAGUGCUGCAACCGCUGCCCGCCAGGGACGAAGCUGCUCUCCGAGUGCAACAGCACGGCCGAGUCCCUCUGCGGCGCCUGCGAGAGCGACCACUACCAGCAGAGCUGGACCAAGGAGAGGCACUGCACCCCCCACGACGUCUGCGAGGACAAUGCGGGGCUGGAGGUGAAGAGGGACGGGGAUGCGACGCACAACACGCUGUGCCAGUGCCGGGCCGGGAUGCACUGCUCCGACGGCAGCUGCCAGAGCUGCGUGGAGAACCCGCCCUGCGAGCGCGGUGCCGGCUUCGUGGCAGCCAAGGCCGAGGCCCGGACAUCGUCCCCAUGUGAGCCCUGUCCCGAGGGCACCUUCUCCAACGUCUCAUCCAAAACGGAGCCGUGCCACCCAUGGACCAGCUGUGAGGACAAAGGGCUCGUGGUGAAGGCUAAGGGCACCAACACGUCGGAUGUGCUCUGUGAGUCGAGCAGGCGCUCCUCGCUCUCCGUGCUCAUCCCCAUCUCCGCCGCCAUCACCACCUGCCUCGUGGGCGUCUGCAUCUACUGCCUGGUCCGCAGAGAUCCCAAGAGGCCAGUGCAGGAGCAGGAGACACUGCUAGGGGGGCAGCCCGUGGCCCAGGAGGACGGCAAGGAGAGCCGCAUGGCAGAGCAGGAGGGGCUCUGAGGGCACGGGCUG